AUGACUUUUACCGAAGGGUUUUCAAUUAUAGAAAGUGCAGUUUCGGGGGAUCUGGCGCGGCAGCUUGCCAAGUUCCUUGAGCAGGAGUUGCCUCUGAGAGCGCCUGGAUUAAAAGGAGAGAAAUAUUCUCAAUACGAUAUCCAACCACCACUUGCAUUACAGAUAAAGGAGGAAUUUAUCAAUAAUGCUGAAAAUAUCACCGUGGUUGCCGAACUUCUUCAGAAAUCUGUUGCGAAGGCGCCCGACUAUAUCAGUAUCGGAAUAUUUCAUGAAACAGACGCCGAUCCCACAAAGCUUAAAACAGCAGGAGAAGGUCGGGUUUAUGCGACUAUUGCUCUCACUGAUCUCGGCCCAAACAAUGGCUGGUUCGCUUUCUUCGAAGGGUCUCACAAGCAAAAAAAAUCACCGUUGAAGGGACCAACAACCGUCAACAUGAAGGCCGGUGAUGCAUUUGUUUGGAGAGGUGAACUGGUGUACCAUCAUUCAUCUGGAGGAGGGGGGAUGUUUGAGACCUUAGUGUAUAGGUGA